AUGAAGUUCUCCUGGACGUACCUCUUCCAACUCAUCUCUGCCUCCCUGCUCGUCGGUCGCGCAGCAGCGGCACCUACCCCUGAGCCCCAGCCCAACCGCGCCAUCGAGGCGCGCCGUGGCGACGAGUACCUAUGGUACAUCGACGAGGCGGAGAGCAUCCACCUUAGUGAGCUGCUCGGCGUCGACUUUCACCGCCUGGGUAUCACGGGGGUGCUCAUUGACGGGCCGAAAAUGAAGUGUGAGAAUUGCGGGAAAUACACAGGCCUUGACGAUAUCGUGCACAGCGCCCUGGAGGACGGCAUCCACCGCAAGGAGUAUUUGGUGAAGGUCCUCGAAGAGCGCGAGUCUCAUGCGAGUCCGCCGCACGUUGUCCGUUGCUCGACAGCGGGAUGCAGCAGGGCCUAUGAGGAGCCACGGGGAUGGGGCUCGCGUUGGAUCUCCAAAACUGAGACGGAGGAGAACGCACAUGUAGAGGACGCAUGA